AUGGAAACUAAGAAGAUUUCUCACUAUGAAAAUCAAGAAGAAUUUUUAAAGUCUAAUCUAGGAAGAUACUCUUUCUCCAAAUUAAUUUAUUAUGAUAAUUAAAUAGCCAGCAGAAUUUAGGAGAGACUCAAGCUUUAGAUUUCAAAUUAAAACAAUAUCAGUGAUAGCUGGUUAUCUGAUUUAAUUCCACAUUUUAAGCUAUUCAAAGAAAUGUAGAGUCUAAAAAUUUGGUUGAACGAAAAUUAAAUUGGAGAGAAAAGUGUGAAUGAUUUAGGUUAUUCUUUGAGUUUUUGCUCUAAUUUAAAAACUCUUACAUUGAAUUUAGGAUAUAAUAAAGUAGGUUUUUUAGGUUUAUCUGGGCUGAUCUAAAAUUUAUCAAAGUGCUAAAAUUUAGAAUAUUUGUGUUUGAAUCUUUUAAGUGCUGAUCUAAUAUAUCAAUUUGAAGACAACAUCUUAUUUGCAUUUUCUGACUUUAGAAAAUUAGAAAAAUUAGAAUUAAUGAUAUGCUAUAGCAAUUUAAAUCAAUAAGAUAUGUCUUAUAUUGGAUAAAGUUUAAGAAAUUGCUAAAACUUAAAAACGUUGAUCCUUUAUUUAGAAUAGAAUGAAAUUGGGAAUUAAGAAAUAUGUGAUCUAUGCUCUGGCAUAUAAACUUGCUAAAAUCUUUGUUCAAUUACCUUUUGUCUAAACUUUGAUGAAAAUGGAAUUUCUUACUUAAGUGAAAUGUUUGCCAAUUUGAAGAAUCUAAAUAUGAUAGAUCUACAGUUAAAUAAUAAUGUCAUCAGUUCAAAAGCAGCAUCUAUUCUUGGUUCAGGUUUAAGUUAAUGCUAAAAUCUCACUAAGUUAUUGCUUGAAUUAAACUAAAGUCAAACAAAUAACGAAGGUUUAAAAGGUUUAUUUUCUGGUUUAUCAAAUAUUUCUAACCUCUAAAAUAUGAAACUAUCUUUAAAAUGUAGUGAAAUAAAUAGUGAUAUAGCAUCAAACUUAGGCUAAUUAUUUCCAAAAUUUAAAAGAUUGAAUGUUUUAGAAUUAGACUUGUAAAGUAAUAUUGGAGAAAAUGGUGUUAUGGGAAUAGUCACAGCAUUAAUUUACGUUUAAAACCUCAAUGUUUUAACGUUAAAUUUAGAUAACAACAGUAUAAAUAAGGAAGGAGUUUCUACUUUAUGCUCUGCUAUCUCUAAUUGUCAUUAAUUGAAAGAUCUUUAAAUAAGCUUACAGAAUAAUUAUAUAGGUGGAGAAGGAGUAGCAUAGUUAUUAUCUAGCCUAUAAAGGUGCUAAAAAUUAGAGUCAAUAGCUAUUGAUGUUUGGCAAAAUGAAAUCGGUAAUGAUGUUAAUUCUAUAAGCUCCUAAUUAUCUAAGCUUUAAAAGCUAAAAUUUCUGUCUUUUAAUUUAGAAUGUAAUUAAAUAGAUGAAAUUUACCAAUAAUAAUUGAAGAGACAAGCUUUAAAAUUGAAAAAACUGAUUAAUUUAGUAUUUUUUGCUAGCUGA